UCUUCCUCAAAAAUGGCCAGUCAAACGCCCCCGACCUCCACUCAAAUACUUGUUGUUGGCGGUGGACCUUCAGGAAGUUAUGCUGCUGCUGCGUUGGCUCGGGAAGGCUUUGGAGUUACUCUUCUUGAAGCUGCCAAGUUCCCUCGUUAUCAUAUUGGCGAAAGCCUGCUCCCAUCGGUCCGCCCUUUCCUGGCAUUUAUCGGUGCAGAGGAGGCUGUCAUUGACUACGGGUUCAAGAUCAAGCCUGGUGCCGCAAUCAAGUUGAACCAAUCCAAGCGGGAAGGAUAUACUGAUUUUGUGGCUCGGGAUCCAAAGAACUGGUCUUGGAAUGUGAUCAGAUCAGAAUUUGACGAUUUGCUAUUGCGCCAUGCUUCCAAGUGUGGCGCAAAUGUGAUCGAAGAAAUGAGAGUGACUGAAAUUCAGUUCGAGGAUGAAAGCAAUUCCAAACCCGUUUCAGCCACCUGGAGGAAUACGGGCACUGGAAUGGAGGGUCGUAUCUCCUUUGACUACCUGGUUGAUGCAUCAGGAAGGAACGGGAUCAUGUCCACGAAGUAUCUCAAGAACAGACGCUUUAACCCAGUCCUCAACAACGUUGCAUGCUGGGGAUAUUGGGAUGCAGAGCACACUUACAUGCCGGGGACCAAACGCGAGAAUGCUAUCUGGAGCGAAGCGCUUGAAGACGAGUCUGGAUGGUCUUGGGUCAUCCCUCUUCACGACGGAACCACAUCGGUAGGUGUCGUUAUGGAUCAAGAAAUAAGCAACCGCAAGAAGAAGGCUCUUCGUGCUGCCUCUGGGGAUUCAAAUCUUCAAACCUUUUAUAUGCAAGAAUUACGCAGGGCUCCUGGAGCCAUUAAAAUGAUUGGAAAGGGCACUCUUCGAAACGACGGCAAACCAGAAGCUCUGAAAUCUGCGAGCGAUUAUAGCUACUCUGCUUCCACUUAUGCUGGGAAUCAUUUCCGCAUGGCGGGGGAUGCUGCAGCUUUUAUAGACCCAUUCUUUUCCUCUGGUGUUCAUUUAGCUUUCACUGGGGGACUCUCGGCCGCUCUGACGAUUGCGGCGUCGAUUCGAGGACUUUGCAGCGAAGUGGAUGCCCAACGUUGGCACACCUCAAAGAUUGAUAUUUCUUACAAGAGGUUUCUUCUUGUAGUCCUUGGGACCUACAAACAGAUCCGCAACCAGGAUAUGCCGGUUAUGAGUGGUGCGGAUGAAGACAAUUUCGACAGAGCCUUUGAGCUCAUUAGGCCAGUGAUACAAGGAACAGCAGACGUUGGUAAGACGUUGACAGAAGACGAAAUCGAGAAAACCAUGGACUUUUGUCAUGAUGUCUUGAUUCCAAGCGAACCCGAGGUGCAUCAUGCAAGCACAACUAGAUCGGAUCCUGUCUUUACGUCCCCAAACGGCUCCAAGCCUACAGAAUGGGGCCUCAGCCGCUUGGUUGGAGAUACUCAUAAGGACACCCAGUUGGUAUUCAGUCAGCUCCGCGCGCAACAGUCCAUCCAAACGACGGACUUUGGGGCGGAGGAACACUUGGGAUUCAAGGCUGUUUUAGAACGAGGCAAAUUGGGUUUGGCGAAUUCAUAG